AUGCUCGAAACCGCGCGCGGCUGGCUGCUCGCCCAGCUCCGGGCAGCCAAGCCUUCUUUCAUAUCCAAGAAGCCUCAUUUCAACUUCAUCUCGGCUCACUACUUUUGGAUUUGCAGUCUCACCAUACUUGGCUCGAUCCUCAUCUUUGCCACGGCCGGCGGUCAGUUGGCCUACAUUGAUGCCCUCUACUUUGCCAGUGGCGCCAACACACAAGCCGGUCUCAACACGGUCGACGUCAACCUACUCAACACCUUUCAGCAAAUAUGUCUCUACUUCUUUACCAUGACCUCGAACCCCAUCACCAUUCACUCUUCCGUUGUGUUCCUCCGACUGUACUGGUUCGAGAAGCGAUUCCAGGGACUCGUCCGCGAUGCUCGCCAACAACGGAGAAACACGAUUUCUAAAUCAAAGUCCAGUGCAAGGGACGACCUGAACCAAGCCGAGAGAGGCCGCUUGAACGUGCGCAAUAUCAAGGUCAUGCACACGAAUGGUCAUCGCUCGAGAAUGACCAAUGAUGGCAUUCUGCUCGACAUGAAGGAGGACGAAGACGGCCGCAUCUCGCCGGGGAGCAACGGUUUUGUUCCGGUACCCAACACCCCAGCCCAUGACUCUGGAGAGCAGUCGCCAGCCAGAGCACCCGAAGCCCAAGAAGAGCUCGGAACGGACAUCACCCAAGGUCGAAUCACGUUUGCCCAGCGUGUCCUCCGAAGCGACGGCACGGAACCGGAGGUCAAGCUCCCAUCUCCACACUCGCCCGCACAUUUGGCCAUCCUGGAGCGCCAACGGAAUGGGCCUGAGGAGACGCUUCGGAUUCCGAACCCAAGAGACGCAGAGAAGGGCAUGAAGCCGAAGCGAGUCGAAGACGAUACGGCACCCGAGCCCGAAGACGAGGGAGACGGCAGUGUUCCGCGUAUCCACGUCAGCAACGGUGGAGCGACCAAGAUGUCGGAUGACAUGGGUAACAACGUCCACCGCCCACAAACGAUCAAAAUUGAGGAACCCGAGCGUCCCAGGGAAACCGAGAGAACGGUCAAGGACGAGAUCGCGGAAGAAGCCGAGGCGAUUGGUAGAACCAUCUUUCCCUUCUCAUUUCGCAAGCCCAAGAAGUUCUUCAAGGGUGGCAGCGACGACGAAGGCACCUCCGAAAACCCUGUUGCAAGGGUCAGAAGCAAGACCUUCGACACCAUCAGGACGGCAUUGACCCGCGACAAGGUCGAGGACAUGCCGUACCUGAGUUUCACGCCGACAAUGGGACGCAACUCGGCGUUCCCGGGCUUGACGAUUGAACAACGCGAGGAAUUGGGUGGCAUCGAAUACCGGUCUUUGAGGACACUAGCUGUCAUAUUGAUCUGCUACUUCUGGGGCUUCUCGCUCUUCGCCAUCACCUGCUUACUUCCCUGGAUUUACUCCAGCUCCAAUUCCAAGUAUGCUGCCAUUGUGGAAAACUCCGGUGUCAGCAAGGCCUGGUGGGGUAUCUUUACGGCAAAUUCGGCCUUUAACGACUUGGGACUUACCCUCACCCCAGACAGCAUGAACUCGUUCAACGACGCAACCUUUAUUCUGUUGAUCAUGUCUUUCCUGAUCAUUAUUGGCAACACGGGUUUCCCCAUUAUGCUGCGAGUUGUCAUUUGGAUCAUGUCCAAAAUUGUGCCGAAACGUACGGGACUUUGGGAGGAACUACGCUUCUUGCUGGACCACCCGCGUCGUUGCUUCACUCUGCUCUUCCCAGCAGGCGCCACUUGGUGGCUGUUCAUCAUUCUCAUCGGCCUUAAUGUCCUUGACCUGUUGUUCUUUGUCCUACUGGAUCUUAACGAUAACGCCGUCAGCGGCUUGCCGGUGCACGUGCGCAUCGUGGAUGGUAUCUUCCAGGCUGCAUCGACCAGAACUGCAGGUUUCACGGUUGUCAAUAUUUCGCUCUUACAUCCUGCGGUGCAAGUGUCAUACUUGAUCAUGAUGUACAUCUCCGUAUUCCCAAUCGCCAUCUCGAUCCGUCGCACCAACGUGUACGAAGAAAAAUCUUUGGGCGUUUACCACACCCAUGACGAGGACAUGGAAGGCACCAACGAAAAUAGCGCCUGGUCAUACGUCGGUACCCAUUUGCGGCGCCAACUUUCUUUCGACUUGUGGUAUGUCUUCCUGGGACUCUUCAUCCUAGCCAUCACCGAAGGCAAAAAGAUCCAAAACAAGGAUUUCGACGUCUACUCGGUUCUGUUCGAAAUUGUAAGCGCGUACGGCACAGUCGGGUUGAGUCUGGGUUAUCCAAACGUCAACGCCUCCCUCUGCUCUCAAUUCAGUACCGGAGGCAAGCUUAUCAUGAUUGCUAUGCAAAUCCGUGGCCGCCAUCGUGGUCUACCCUACGGGUUGGAUCGUGCUGUUAUUUUGCCCAGCGAAUCUCGGUUCGAAAAAGAGGCAGCCGAGGCGCAGCCGGUUCUGGUUCGGUCUGCUACUGCCGCAUCAACAGGAACUGCGCUUAGCGCAACGAGGUCCAAUCUGAGAUCGAGAAGGAUGAGCACGAACAGGGGUCAAGGAAAUAUCUUUACUCAAUUCCUUCACCCUGGCCCGAUGAUCCCACACGAAGACAGCCUCACCAAUCUUUCUAGAAGGAGUAGGUCGUUUGGAGUCGACGAACAUCCCCCGAUGGGCGAGGAUAUGAGGAGGCGCAAUACAGAGCCCGUCGAUGACGAGACCACGGAAACCGAUAGCGACGUGAACACAGCAGCUCCACGAAGAGCGGUAACCACACCCGCACGCUAG